UAAAUUGAUGUACAAAACAAAACAAAAAGGGGGAAAGGGAAUUUCCUUUUUCUUUGACCAAAUUAAGCAGAAGAAGGAAAAAAACAAAACUAAGCAGGAGUAGGAAAAAACAAACCUAAAAAGUUAUCUAUAUAAAGAGAUUGGUUUUUUUCUACAAAAGAAGAAAAAAACAAAAGUUUCUCUCUGAGGCUCCUUGGUUUAGAAAAAAUAAAAGCUUGAAACAUGAAAAUCCUCCGCAGGGAUUUUGUUCGUGAUGGACCAGGAAGCGUUAAACUGAUGGCAGAGGACUCGGAUGAUCUCUGGUUUACUUAUAACUUAAUUUCCCCUGGAGAUAGUGUAAUGGCUAUCACAUCGAGAAAGGUUCUGAAAGAGAGAGGAAAUUCUGAACGUAUAGUUUCUAAACGUAUAGACUCUGAACGUAUAGUUUCUAAACGUAUAGACUCUGAACGUGAAGACUCUGACUCUGACUCUGACUCGGACUCUGAUCAACGUGUGGACCCUAAACGUGUAUGCGCUAAAAAACGUUUAGACAUUAAACGUUUACACGCUAAAUUUGACGACUCUAAACCUCUGGUGUCCGAACGUCUAACAUUGAAGCUGGAAGUACAAGUUGAGGAGGUAAGCUAUGACAAAGAAGGUGCUGUUUUGCGCAUACUUGGGACGAACAUCCUUGAGAACGAGCACGUACCGCUUGGUGCAUACCAGAGUUUGGAGCUCACGCUGAAACGACGUUUUCUAUUGAGAAAACAAAUAUGGGACUCAUUGGCUAUUGAUACACUCAACCAGGCAAAACAUCAUAAAUCCAGUGUUAAUUUAGCUGUAGUUCUAAUGCAAGAAGGACAUGCACAAAUCUUCCUUGUCGGCAAAAGUGUGGGUCCACCAAUCGAAACAUCAAUUCCUAAUCGUAAGCAUGCUGGUUACGAGUCUGCGUUGAAGAAAUUCUUUGAGAACGUUGUCCGUGCCUUUGUGAAACACGUUGACUUCAGUAUCGUUAGGUGUGUAGUGAUCGCAAGUCCUGGCUUUACAAAGGAUCAGUUUCAUCGCCACUUGUUGUCGGAAGCAGAGAGAAGAAAGUUGAGAGAUAUUACCGAGAACAAAUCACGUAUACUUCUGGUGCACGCAAACUCCGGAUAUAGACAUAGCCUUGGAGAGGUUCUGAGUGACCCCAAAGUGAUGAAGAUGAUCCAAGAUACAAAAGCGUCAAAAGAAGUGAACGCUCUCAGGGAUUUCUUCACCAUGUUUGCUAAGGAUCCAUAUCGGGCAUGCUACGGACCCAAGCAUGUGGAGUUUGCUCAUCAACAAAAGGCAAUCCAAACACUUCUCAUUACAGAUGAGCUGUUCAAGAACUCUGACGUGAAAAAAAGGAAGAAGUAUGUGGAUUUUGUGGAGUCGGUGAAACAAUUAGGAGGAGAGGCUUUUAUAUUUUCUUCGAUGCAUGUUUCAGGUGAACAACUGGCAAAGCAUACUGGAAUUGCAGCUCUUCUCAGGUUCCCUUUACCAGAUCUCGAUGACGUUGAGAUGUAAAGAUAUUGUCGAUUUUAGAAAACAAUAGGCUUAAUUAUAUAGUAGAAUAGGGGAGUUUGA